AUGGGUUCUGGAAGCUCCAAGCCGCAAGGCUCGCCAUAUGUCUUUGCUGCAGACAGCCCUGUCAGCUUCUCACCAUCUGUAGUCGACUCGCUGCAAAACAGUCCCGAGACCGACUCGACCCGCCAGCGCAACCUCGACCUCCAAAUCCAACAGCGCGUGACAGCAGAACUCGAGCGCAUCCGCGAAGAAGAAGCCAAACGCCUCGCCCAAUAUACCUCCACCCUCACCCCCACCUCCGACGACUCCUCAGACUCUUCUUCCCCCUCCUCCUCCGACUCUCCCUCCAUCAAAGACAAAAUCUCCUCUGCCCUCACACCUUCGUCAUCGCAAAACAAGGAUCGCAGCAACGACAGCGUGUCCAAAGAAGUCGCCGAACUGCGUAGCAAACUCGAGCGUCGCAAGAACCUCGACAAGACUGAUGUGGCUGUGGAAAAGGCAAAGGAGGGGCUCGUGCAGUGUUUGAGGUUGAAUGAUCGUAGACCUUUGGAUUGCUGGGAGCAGGUUGAGACGUUCAAGGCAGAGGUUGCUAAGCUCGAGGCAAAGUUUGUUGAUAGAGCUUUGCGAUGA